UACGUAAGCUGAUUCUAGCGUUCAGUCGAGGACGUAAUUUCAACGAGAUAACACGUUUUAUUCUGUCGGUAUUAAUAUUUUUCUCACUAUUUGACAAAAUUGAGAUUCACAAACCAUGGAACGCUGGUCUGGUAAAAUAGCUAUAGUUACUGGUGCAUCCAGUGGAAUUGGAUUAGCAACAGCAAAAGCUCUUGUACAACAUGACAUCGUUGUCAUUGGAUUUGCACGAAGGAAAAGUAAGAUGGAGAGCGAAAUGCAGAAUGUUAAGGGAAAAGAUAAAGGAAAGUUUUAUGCAUGCGAGUGUGAUGUUUCCAAUCCUGAAAGUAUCGAGCAUGCAUUCGAAUGGGUCAAGAAAAAUUUUGGAGUAGUUCAUAUUUUGGUGAACAAUGCUGGUGUCUCUACAGAUAAGAAAUUUAUGGAUUCGUCCAGAUCCGAUUGGAAAAAAUUAUUCGAUAUCAAUGUGUUAGGAGUAAUCGAUUGUACAAAACGUGCUGCUAGAAUGAUGUUAGAUGCUAACGUAGAAGCGUGCAUUAUUAAUAUGAACAGUGUCGCCGGUCACGAUGUAGUUUCUUUUCCGGGUGUUAGUCUUAAUUUUUAUUCAGCUACUAAAUUUGCGUUACGUGCUGCUACUGAGACCACUGCAAAGGAAUUGCAUGGAAGUAAAAUUCGAGUGACGAGUAUCAGUCCAGGAUUUGUAAAUACGGAAAUUAUUGCAGCCUCCAAUAUCGACAUAAAAAGUACAAGUGUCCAACUUCCCAUGUUGGAAUCUAGUGAUAUUGCAGAUGCUGUUAUUUAUAUAAUUGGAACUCCCCAACGCGUUCACAUUACUGAAUUGAUUAUUAGACCUUUGGGAGAACUUAAGUAUGAAGGUUAAUAAUAAUAAUUUUUGUAAGGAUGUAAAACGCAAGUAAAAACUUUAUUACUUUGUUGGAAUCUAUUGUAAUACACUUGAUAAAGAUUAAAAUAUGCAACAUAAACGAUUUUUAUUUGUAUUUAA